AUGGGAUCUCCCCCGCUUCUAUCUUCCGCCUACUUCCCCCUUUUGUGGCCCUUGCGUCUUUCAUCUUCCGUUUUUAUUUCCUUCCCUCCUCUGCCUUUUAAAUUUCGAUGGUCCCCACCCCUGAUAUGCAGGGAUGUGCGCCAGAAUUUUCGCGUGGCGCGCCAAACGCCAAACGCCAAUUUUUCAAAUUUUCAAAUCACGCCAAACGCCAGAACGCCAAAAUCGGCAAAAAACGACGCCAAAACGCCAAACGCCAAACGCCAAAAAUUUUAUUCAACUAAGGCCCGAAAAACAAGUGCUUAUCUCUUUUUAGCGCCGCAGGCGAAAAUUUUUAAAUUUUCACGACUUCCAGAAGCCAAAAUUCAUCCUUUUUUUAGCGCCUACACCCAAAAUUAUGGAAAUUUGUUAAGAACAAGAGCAGAAAUCCUACUUUUUCUAAAAAAUUGCAAGAAAAAUGGAAAAAUCACAACCCCAGAAUUGUAUAAUAUCGAAGGGUUUAGAUGUCCAGAUAUCCUCUUUAACCUCCCGAAGUAA